UGAAGUGAGAGGUCCUUACAUAAACUUCAUUCCACUCCACAGAAGGAGAACACAUGUUGGAAACCCGGCAGAAGGAGAACAGAGAAAGUAGACAAACAGGACUUUGGAGUGGACUUAUUUUCUAAUUCUGGACUACAUUUUCCUAUGAAGCUCUGUUCUUUUGUUUGCAACUUCAGAACUGUAGUGUAUGGGUUUGGAUGUAGGCAUGGCUGCAUCCUUUGGUUUAGGCUCUCCUAUCCUGACUUUUGUCUUUUCCCAUUACCUGUACCUCCAUUGCUGGGUUUGGGCAGCAAUGGACACUUGCUAUGAUGAGAACGGAGUCCCUAGCCGUUGCAUGCCCAAGUUUGAGAACAUUGCCUUCAAUCGCACUGUGGUGGCAUCAAAUGUAUGUGGUUCCCCGCCUGAGGAUUACUGCAUGCAAACUGGCUCAACCCGUUUGUGUCACCACUGUGACGCAUCAGACCUUGAGCUGAACCACAAUGCCAGCCUUCUGACGGACUUUAACAGGAAUGAGGAGCCCACCUGGUGGCAAAGUCAGUCCAUGUACUAUGGCAUCCAGUACCCCAAUUCUAUCAACCUUACCCUCCAACUUGGCAAAGCUUUUGAGAUAACAUACAUCCGGUUAAAGUUCUACACCAGUCGGCCAGAGAGCUUCGCCAUUUACAAACGCACGGAGAAGGAUGGGCCUUGGUUACCUUAUCAGUAUUACAGUGCUUCAUGUGAGAAGACAUACAGAAGGUUCACCAAAGGCUACAUUCGCCCUGGAGAUGAUGAAAGGACUGCGUUAUGUACAGAUGAAUUCAGUGAUAUUUCCCCUCUCACUGGAGGAAAUGUGGCUUUUUCUACCCUGGAAGGCCGGCCCAGUGCCUACAACUUUGACCAAAGCCUGGCACUUCAG